GCAUCGCUGACGACGUGGUCCUCGUGUUCCACGGGGGAAACCUGCGCUGGAAGUCGGGAGGCAGGCCAAUGCCGCCCUCGCCUAUGUCCAAGAUUGGGGAAAGAAAAACAAACUUAACUUUGGCUAGUGUUUGGGCUCCGGAGGUUGACAAGCUGGGGGUGCAGAAGCAGCUCAAUAACGUACAGAGGGGAUUCGCGCAAAAGAUGACGAAAGCGUACCGAACAGUAUCUCUUAACUCUGCCCUGGUGCUGUCUGGGUUGCUCCCACUUGACCUCCGGAUUAAGGAGGCAGCCGCCCUGUAUGAGGCCAAGAGGGGGGUGCCCCAGCCAAUACUGGGGGAUAGAGAAGUGGAACGAGUCGUUGGAUAUGCCCAAGCUCCACACCCGGCGACGCAUAUGAAACUGGGGUUCGUCUGUCUGGUAGACCAAGAGCAGGUCGACUGCCAUAACAAGCAAGCAGUUCGUAUAUAUACGGACGGCAGCAAAAUUGACGGCAAGGUCGGGGCAGCCCUAUCCGUGUGGGAUGGUGAUGCUGAGACCAAAACCGUCAAGUUGAAACUGUCUCCGUAUUGCACGGUCUACCAGGCUGAACUGCUGGCCAUAUGCGAAGCCACUAGGGUGAUUUUGGCGUGCCAUCAAACGAGCUUUGGCAUAUACAGCGACUCGAGGUCGGCGCUCGAAACUGUCGUCAACUACGACACCAAGCACCACCUAGCAGUCACGAUACGAGCAAAUGUCGCAGCAGGCAAACGCCAGAAAAAGGAGAUAUCCUUCUUCUGGAUAAAAGCACAUGCCGGAUUGGAAGGAAAUGAAAGGGCGGAUCAAUUGGCAAAAGACGCGGCGCAACGGGUGAAGACCAAACCAAAUUAUGACCUUUGUCCAGUCUCGUAUAUUAAGAAAACAGACCCGAAUAGAGUCCCUUGA